AUGGAUAAGGACAAUUGGGAUGAGGCUAUAGAAUUGCAGCCUCAUUUAUCGCAUAGAAGUGAAGAUGGUAGGUCAGAUGAAGAAGCUAAACGGAGACGAUCUAGGAAUGUUGUUGUUCCAUCAUUGCAUGUUAUUCCUCCUGUUUCUGUGAUUGAUGAUGUUAUGGAGGGGAGCAGCCGAGCCCAGUUGCUGGAAGGGCACAUGAGGCAUGGUAUAAGUAGUGAAGAGGACGAUGAUGAUGGUGAGAGUCCCUUUCGAGAUCCAGAUGAUUCGGAGGUUCCGAGGUUGCAGAGACCAGCAUUGACUUUAAAGAUUCCUCGAAUGGAUAAUUUAUCUGUGGGGAUGAGUCCGUCGACAUCUGUCAAUCUUUCUCCAGUUUAUCAGAGUGAUGAUAAUGAAGGAAUUAGAAGGAGGUCUAAUACCUACUCUAGAAGAGUAUCUGUUACAUCUUCUAGUCGUGCCUCAGAUCAGGCGUCAAGGUCGACAAAAGUAUUGUCUUAUAUAGAUAUGGAUGAUAUAGAUGAAUUUGAAGACAUUCAAAAAGGAUUUCAAAGUGCGGUUGAUGACAAGGGUUUCACUUGGCUUCCUCAGCUACAGAAAGGUGGUUCCCCGAGAGAUGAUAGCUCUAGUAGAAGAGAAUCCUCUAAUAUUGAAGGUAUCCUUGGGUCUACAUUAACAAUUCCAUUAUUUUCUGUGAGUUCGAAGGGUUCUCCUAAAAUGGCAGACCAUUUCGAUGUUGCUGAUAGCGGUUUAAAAGUUGAAGAAACAUUGCAAAGAGAAGAAACAGUAACAGAGGAAAUAUAUCUUGACACUGAUGAAGCAGAGGCUCCGCUGGCAGAGCUGCCUAAUUUCGAUGAGAUAUUUGCUCAAGAUGUUUACGAAAACAUAAGUUUGUAUGGUAAUUCCAUGGGUAUUAUUCCACCAACUAAUCACUUCAGGAUAAAAUUGGCAAAAUUGCAUGUCAAUAAGUGGUAUAAUUUAAUAUACUACCUGACGCUGAUUUUAUUUACGAUUCUUAUGACUUAUAGGACAUACAAGCCAAAGAACUAUGAUUUCCUGUACAAUUUUUCAGGAGGCGUAGAUAUAGUGACAUUUCUUCUUUCAGUUUUAUUUUCUAUUCAUGAUUUUACAAAAGUUAUAGCAUUUGGAUUCUGGGAUGAUUCCGAAAUGUUCAAAGCAUAUGGCAAAAAGUACACUAGCCUCUUCGAUUUCUUUCAUUUGGACAAUCUUUAUAGAAUGCUGAGGAAAAAAUACGACGUUAAUAUUUAUAAAAUUCUUCCAGCAAGUGUACAAUUGAAAAUGUCAAAUAUCAAUCCGGAUAAAUCAUUUACAAGAACAAAUACAUUGGAAAGUGAUUCAUCUGAUUUGAAAAAUGCACCUUUUAACUGUCCCAGAGCAUUUGCACGUUCUUCUUGGAACAGAACUGAUUUAGUAUCAUCGCUUUCAUUCUGGAUUGGUGUAUUUCUGUCCAUUAAUAAAUACGAUGACAAAAAUGGAAUUCGUAUAUUCAAAUCACUUGCCCUUCUCAGAAUACUAAGACUUUUGGAUACCGAUACUGGUGUCUCGUCGAUUAUUAGAGGUAUUAAAUAUGGUUUACCUCAGUUAAUAGGUGUUGGCUCUAUGUUAGUAUAUUUUUGGGUAUUUUUUGGUAUCUUAGGUGUUCAAGUUUUUCGAGGGUCUUUCAGAAGAAAAUGUGUAUGGAUAAAUCCAAAUAAUUCUACUGAUAUCUUUGAAAAUGAUGGCCAAUAUUGUGGAGGAUAUCUUGAAAUUGGAACAAAGGCAAAGAAAAAUUAUGUAUUCAGCGAUGGUACUGAAGGGCCAGCUUCAAAGGGUUUCUUAUGUCCAGAAUAUUCAAAAUGUGUCUCUAAUUAUAAUCCAUAUAAUGGACGUAUCAGUUUCGAUAACAUUGUAAAUGCUAUGGAAUUGGUAUUCGUUAUAUUAAGUUCCAAUACCUUUACGGAUUUGAUGUAUGAUACCAUGGAUUCUGAUGAAAUGGCGGCAUGUUUAUUCUUUAUCUUAGCAACUUUUGUGUUGACAAUAUGGCUAUUAAAUUUAUUCAUUGCAGUUCUAGUUACAUCAUUUGAAUUAGCAAAUCAAAAAUUUGAAGAAGAAAAAUAUAAGAUGUCAUCAUCGGAAAGUAUUCCUGUUAGAUUAAUGAAAGGAUAUUGGAAGUAUUUUCAAUUCAAGGCCAAGAAGACUUUACUACCUUACUGGGCAACCAGAUCAUUGAAAAUCUACAAGAGAGUCGAAUUCUUUUUUGUCACUCUUAUAAUAGCUGAUUUGAUUCUAAGAUCCUUGGUGACUGCUAAUACAUCUGAUAAACUAUUACAUGACUAUUUUAUUGCAGAAAAGGUCAUUUCCAUAAUUUUAUUUGCAGAAUCUUCCUUUAGACUAGUUUUAUACUCAUCAAAUCUGUGGAUAUUUUUAACGAAGAUUGAUUAUGUUGUUGAUUUAUUUCUUGCCAUCAUAACUUUUGUUAUUAGUUUGGCAGAAGAUACAACACCAUUGAGCCAGGCUUAUUUCUGGUUAUCAGGCUUUCAUAUUGCAAGGUUUUAUAGAGUGGUCAUAUCUUUUAGGUUUUCUAGGAAUUUGUGGAAACGUGUUUUGGGUAAUCGUGUGAUGAUCUGGAACCUGACCACAUUUUAUUUUCUAUUUACCUACCUUGUUUCAGUCAUUGUUUCCGUGUUUUUUGAAGGUGUUAUAUCGAAGGACGAAGAAGGGUCGAUACCAUUUGGAAUGUAUACAUUGGCGAACUCUUUUCUGUCACUAUUUAUUAUAGGUUCUACUGAAAAUUGGACAGAGAUUCUUUAUUCCCUGCAAGAAAACUCGCCUAAUAUUUUUGCAACGUUUUGUUCAACCGUAAUUUUAAUCAUUUGGUUUAUUUUAUCCAACUUCAUUGCUUUGAAUAUUUUUAUUGCUAUUAUAUCUCAGAGUUUAAGAGUGAAGGAAGAGGAGAAAAGAUUUCUUCAAAUUCGUCAUUACCUGAAGUAUAUAUAUCCAAAAAAGCUUCAAGAGUAUACGCAUGCCACUCUUCUGGUCAGAAUAAGAAGAAAAUUAUUUGGCUAUAAUAAAAAGGAGAGUGGUAGGGAUUUCAAACAAUUUCUUAUAAGAGGUACUGCUAUUAUGAAUAUAGCCAAUGAUAUGGACGAUGUUAUGGAUAAUCUUCACAAUGAUCAGGAUGAAAGAUGGCAGUUUUCAAAAUUUGUAUUAAAACUCCGGAAAUUGCCAUUAGGUACCUAUUUGGAUCAAUUUUUUGAUAAUCCUUUUUAUAAAAAGCCAGAGGUGGUGUAUUCUAAAUCCAAUGAUAGUAGUGAUAGAAAUUAUAUUUUGGAACUUGAUGAUCAUGAAGAAGAAAAACUUGAAUAUUUGAGAACUCAUCCGUUUUUCAACUAUAGUUAUUUUAUAUUUCCACCAAACCAUAUUUUUCGAAAAUUAUGUCAGAGAUUAGUACCACCAAGUAUAGGUAGAAGAACCGACGGUGUGCGCUUUUAUGAGGAUGAUACUGAUGUUCAAAAUCGAAGAACUUAUUUUAGGCACAUUGAAAGAGACAUUGUUGUUUUCUUUUUAAGCAUCGUGACUAUCCUUUUGGUUGUUGUUUCAUGCUAUGCUACUCCACUUUAUAGAAAGAAUCAUCACCUUGGAGUAAGAAGUUGGGAGACAUAUGUCCAAGUUGCAUUUUUAAUUAUAUUCAGUGUCGAAUUUUUGGUGAAGACUAUUGCAGACGGUUUAGCAUACACACCUAAUGCAUAUCUUCGAAAUCCAUGGAAUCUGAUUGAUUGUGUAGUUCUGAUCUCUGUGUGGAUAGAUGUUUUUUCUUUAUUAAAUGCCGAUAAUGAUUUAGCAAUUAUUUUCAAAGGUUUCACUGCACUAAGAGCACUGAAAUGUCUCACUAUAAGUAAUACUGCUAGGCAAACGUUCGUGAUUGUUGUAUAUGAUGGUAUUGGAAAAAUAUUUGAAGCUGGAUUGGUUUCAUUGACCUUAUUAUUUCCCUUCACAGUCUGGGGCUUGAAUUUGUUUCGUGGACGACUAGGUGUUUGUAAUGAUGGUGGUCUCAACUAUACCAUGUGUUAUGAUGAAUAUUCUAAUACAGCAUUUAAAUGGGACGUAUUAUCUCCAAGAGUCUAUUCAAACCCAAUUUUACAUUUAGACAACUUUUCCAAUUCAUUCAGAUCAUUAUAUGAAAUAAUUUCUCUAGAAGGCUGGGUUGAUUUGUUAGAAAAUUUGAUGAAUAGUACAGGUGUUGGGACACCAGCAACCCCAUUUGCUACUCCGAUAAAUGGGAUGUUUUUAGUUCUAUUCAAUUUCUUAAGCAUGGUUUUUAUAUUAAACUUAUUUGUUUCGUUUGUUGUUAACAAUCAUGCUAGAACAGUAGGAAGUGCAUAUUUAACCGCAGAAGAAAAAUCAUGGACAGAAUCAAAGAAACUAUUAUCACAAGCAUCACCUAGAUCAUUACCAAAUGUAUUUGAAAUGAAUAAUAGAAGGAAAUUCUUUUAUCGCCUAACUGUAGAACAGAAAUACUUUUGGUAUUCUCUUUUCAUUCAUUUAGUACUAUAUGCUCAUGUUAUUUGUUUACUCGCAAUUUCUUAUAGAGGUAACGAUUUGAUUCAUACUCCAGCUACAAAUUAUUUUAUGUUUUCGACAUUGGUUUUCUUGUUUAAUGAAUGUUUGACAAUAUAUUCCUAUGGUUUUAAACUCUAUUUCAGAAAAGCUUGGAGAACUCUACGUUUUUUAGUCAUCGCAAUAUCAUUCCUUCUUACUGCCAAAGGUUUUUCCAUUGGUCGUCAAGAUUAUUGGUUUAUCAAUAUUGAACAAGUUUUCCAAUUGUUCUACUUCUUAUUUUUGAUUCCGCAAAAUGAUAUGUUAACAGAUUUAUUAGAGACGGCGAUGGCAAGUUGGCCGACUAUUCUGGCUUUGACAUAUACCUGGGCAAUUUUAUUUCUUGUUUAUGCAAUCGCACUAAAUCAAGUGUUUGGUUUAACUAGAUUGGGACCAAAUACUACAGAUAAUAUUAACUUCAGAACGAUUAUAAAAUCUCUGAUUGUAUUGUUUAAAUGUAGUUUUGGUGAAGGUUGGAAUUAUAUUAUGAAUGAUUUGACUAUAUCUGAGCCAUAUUGUUUUAUUGAUGCUGAAUCUGGUAUCAGUGAUUGUGGUUCCAAAGCAUAUGCAUAUAUAUUGAUGAUGUCAUGGAAUAUUUUUUCUAUGUACAUUUUCUUGAAUAUGUUUAUUUCAUUGAUCAUUAGUAAUUUCAGUUAUGUUUACAGGAGAGGUGUCUCUAAGUCCGCUGUUAACAGACAUGAGAUACGAAAUUUCACAGAAGCCUGGUCAAGGUAUGAUUCUGAAGGUACUGGUACAUUAGCAUUUGAAUAUUUGCCUAAAUUGAUGCACUCAUUUGAUGGACCGUUAUCAUUUAAACUAUGGGAAGGCCGCUAUAGUAUUAGGAAUAUAGUUGAAAAUUACAUGAAAGUUAAUCCUAGUGAUCCGUACGAUGUAACAGUCGAUGUGAAAGGAUUGAAUGACUUGUUGGAUACAAUAGAUAAGGAGAAAUUUCAAAAGAAAAAAGAGAAAUACAAAAGGUUUGUCAAGGAAGUAUAUUACAAUAACUCAUAUCAAAACUCAAUUAAUUUUACAGAGCUGUUAAUUUUGAUUCCAUUACACACUACUUAUAAUCCAAGAGAAUGCCUGAGUAUCGAUGAAUACGUCAAACACCUAUAUAUUAUGGGUAAAGUGGAUAAAUAUUUGAAUGGUGAGAAAGUUAUCGAUUCUAUCAAUCUAAUUAUCACAAGAUGGAAAUAUCUCCUGAGGUAUCGUAGAAGAGCGAUAAUUGAUGAAGACAAGGAGUCUUUGCAAUCAGUCACUUCUGAAGUUGAAUCACAGGUUGACGGUAGUCUGAAUGAUUUUUCUGUUAGCAAUGAAAUUAUUUUACCAACACCUACUUUAAACUUCGGUAUUGAUAAUUUCCAAUGGUCUCCACAACGUCCUUCACAACGACGUUUCCCAAGCUCUACAAGAAAUCUGACUGCUGGAUGGAACGGUUCUGACAAUAACAGUGACAAUCAAUCAUCAGACGAGGAUAUGUUGUAG